AUGCCGUUGCGGGAAGUGCAAUUUAUUAUCACUGCUCCUGAAACAGCAAAAUUAAGCAAACCACAGCAGAGGGUUGCUCGUUCACACGCUGCGCGCUCCGCACAUGCCCGGGAGCGGCGCCUACGGACUUCACAAUACCAGGCGCAGAAUAAGCGUGAAUGGCUGAAUAAAAUGAACUUCAGUUUAAGCAAACCAGCUGAAAUCGUCACUGUACUUCCGGCUUCCCGCAAAGACCCCUUUACCAGCUUCGCAAGGCCCUUGAUUUUAUUGGAGCAAAUGCUAUUUGAUCAUUCUAUAAUCCCACUAAUGCGCUGCACCGAACUCGCAAUCGACUUCUCUCAACGUAUGACAAGUGUAUGGAUACCGCUUGCGCUAACAGAAGCGAGUCUACUGGACAUCUUGUUUCUUGCAUCAUGUCGAAAUUUAUCUGCAAGCUAUAAUCGCCCGGAUCAAGAAGAGCAGAAACACUUUUAUACGCAUUUGGGCUAUCAAUAUAAGGUCAAAAGCCUGCGGUCAUUGAGAGACGCGAUCUCAACCGAGGUACCGGUCUAUGGUGACUCGACUGUUGCAAAAGCUAUAAUGCUAGCAUAUGAUGAGGUACUUCAUCCCAUGCGAAUGAAAGGCAAAGCUGACAAUCGCUAG